AUCAGCUCUACUGUAGCUGGGCGUUUCCUAAUCAGCUCUACUGUAGCUGUGCAUAGGUAAAUCAGCUCUACUGUAUCUGGGCGUUUCCUAAUCAGCUCUACUGUAACUGGGUGUUGCUAAAUCAGCUCUACUGUAGCUGGGCGUUUCCUAAUCAGCUCUACUGUAGCUGGGCGUUUCCUAAUCAGCUCUACUGUCGCUGGGCAUUGCUAAAUCAGCUCUACUGUAGCUGGGCGUUUCCUAAUCAGCUCUACUGUAGCUGUGCAUAGGUAAAUCAGCUCUACUGUAUCUGGGCGUUUCCUAAUCAGCUCUACUGUAACUGGGUGUUGCUAAAUCAGCUCUACUGUAGCUGGGCGUUUCCUAAUCAGCUCUACUGUAGCUGGGCGUUUCCUAAUCAGCUCUACUGUCGCUGGGCGUUGCUACAUCAGCUCUACUGUAGCUGGGUGUUGCUACAUCAGCUCUACUGUAACUGGGUGUGACUAAAUCAGCUCUACUGUAGCUGGGCGUUUCCUAAUCAGCUCUACUGUAGCUGGGCAUUUCCUAAUCAGCUCUACUGUAGCUGGGCGUUUCCUAAUCGGCUCUACUGUAGCUGGGCGUUUCCUAAUCAGCUCUACUGUAGCUGGGCGUUGCUAAAUCAGCUCUACUGUAGUUGGGUGUUGCUAAAUCAGCUCUACUGUAACUGGGUGUGACUAAAUCAGCUCUACUGUAGCUGGGCGUUUCCUAAUCAGUUCUACUGUAACUGGGCAUUGGUAAAUCAGCUCUACUGUAGCUGGGAGUUUCCUAAUCAGCUCUACUGUAGCUGGGCGUUGCUAAAUCAGCUCUACUGUAGCUGGGCGUUUCCUAAUCAGCUCUACUGUAGCUGUGCAUAGGUAAAUCAGCUCUACUGUAGCUUGGCGUUGGUAAAUCAGCUCUACUGUAGCUGGGAUAAAUCAGUUUGCUGACUGUAAAUGGGCCAUUGACAACAUCAACAAUGCCUGUUCACACGUCAUUGUUUGUCAGUAUUCAGUGCAUCAUAAAGUACCAUGGGAAAGUGAGAAAUGAAAAGCAAACACAUAAAAUAGUGGGAAAGCUGCUAUCUGAUUUUGUCUCAAGAAACAAAUAUAAUUUUGAAUGAGGAGUUCAGUACUAGACGCCCUUCGAAGUGGCAAAUAACAAAUGUAGGAGUUACGAAAUACAAAUGUGGGUCCUACUUUAUUUCAAAACCACAUCUUUCACACAAAGAAAAAAAAAUGGUCUUCUCCAGAGCUGUGAUUGAUUGAACUGUGUGUCGAAGGUCAGAUGGGUUCAACCCAUCAUGAACAAAAACAUGUGAUUUAUCUACAUUACACAGAUACCAUUGACCACCUUGGAAACAUCUCACUGAGAGUGGACCUGGUUCAUAGUUUACAAAGGUUCAUGGCAUUAAAGUAAACUGCACAGCUUUUGAGACAUGUUUGCAUACCUUUAAAUCCAGAAUUGUAAAGAAUCUCUCAAACUCAGCCUACCCCCGUGUCACAGGAGUAGCUUUGAGACAUAACAGAGGAGAUAAGCUGGCGUAGUUUAGAGUAAAUUUUUUUUGUCUCUCUCUAUUGGUGAGUGUGUGUAUGCGUGCACUCCCUGUGUCUGACUGAAGGCAGAAUGCCAUCCCCAACCCUUCAGAGGAAGGAAAAGUGUGGAUGGAUCCUCUGGGAGGUCACCAGGCUUGGUAUGCUGCAGCGGGUGGGGGCAGCUAGGCAAUGAAUGUUUGACACCUCUUUGUGUAGGGAACUUUACCUGUAAGGAGAAUGAGGUGUGUGUCAGGCCCAAUGAAUGUCGCUGUCGCCAUGGAUAUUUCGGCGCCAGUUGUGAUACAAAGUGCCCAACCCAAUUCUGGGGCCCCGACUGCAAGGGCAAGUGCCAGUGCUUCCCCAACGGCCACUGUGACGACAUGACGGGCAAGUGCACGUGCAACGCCAACCGCUGGGGGCCCAACUGCGAGAAGCCCUGCCUCUGCCAGAAGGGCAAGUGUGACCAGGACACGGGCUCGUGCACAUGCCACCAUGGCUUCUGGGGCCCUCAGUGUGCUAACAACUGCUACUGCAGUCUCAACUCUGUUUGUGACCAAAACACAGGAAGGUGUAACUGUAGUCUUGGUUGGUCGGGGAGGAACUGUGCCAUCCAGUGUAACUGCAAUAACUCACCAUGCGAGCAGUUUACGAGUCGGUGCCAGUGCCAGGAGAGACAUUGGGGCCAACGGUGCGAGAGGUAUUGUCAGUGUGUCCAUGGGAAGUGCAACCAGGCGGACGGCUCGUGUACCUGUACCCCGGGGUACCGAGGGAAGUUCUGCAGGGAACCGUGUCCCGCUGGAUUCUAUGGACAGAACUGCAAGAACAGGUGUGGGCACUGUAAGGGGCAGCAGCCCUGUAAGAUAACUGAGGGCAGGUGUGUAACCUGUGAGAGGGGCUGGAACGGGACCAAGUGUGACCAGAUGUGCCUGUCAGGCUUCUUCGGAGAGAACUGCCAGGAUGUGUGUCCUCCGUGUAAAGAUGGCCACUUCUGCAACCGCAUCGACGGAAAGUGCUCCCACUGCAACCCCGGUUGGAUCGGGGACAGGUGCGAGGUGCAUUGUCCCAACGGGACUUAUGGGGAUAACUGUGAGAAUGACUGCAGCCACUGUUUUAACGGCGUUUGUCACGUUGCCACCGGACAGUGCCUGUGUGACCCAGGAUUUUACGGGACAUACUGCAACAUGACGUGUCCGAUGGGUCAGUAUGGAGUGAACUGUGCCCAGACCUGCACCUGUCACGACAACAACUGUAACCCAGUGUCUGGGGCCUGCAACCUACAGCCUAACCAGAGGAUGGGUGUGAUCGCGGCGGGAACCCUGGUCUUCUUUCUGCUCAUUGUCCUCCUCUCACUCCUCUGCUGCUGCUGCCUCUGCAGAAAUAAACACCACCAGAAUCCUGACCAAGACAACUCUACCAACAGUAAAAAAGCCAGGCGGAUCCUGUGUGGACGAUUUAGCCGAAUCAGCACCAAACUCCCCCGGAUCCCACUGAGACGGCAGAAGCUGCCUAAAGUAGUCGUAGCCCACCACCCUGAGAACACAUUCAACUGCAGCUUCAUCGAGCCCCCCUCUGUAGCCGAGCUGCCCAGCCCCUCCUCCUGGUCCUCCCAGGAGUCCUUUGAUUCUUUCGAAGAGGAACCCAGUGAUGAUGGCCCUGUGUACUGUGUUCCCCAUGAAGAGUCGCUGAAUGAGAAUAAGGUGAAGGGCAGUCCCCCUCUUGCUGAGAUGCCAGCAGCAGCCUUCCACAGUGAGGAUGAUACAGGUGGGUAUACCUCCCUAAAAGACACCAGCGCCACCACCUACAAACCCCAGGAUGGGAGUGAAGCGCCCCUCAAGUCCUCAGACAGCGAGGGCUCCACCAGCAGUUCUGAGUCAGCCAUUGGGGCCCUUUAUGCCCGCAUUGCACACCUCUCUAAGAAUUCCAAGGAGGAAGAAGAUGGGGGCGACAGCAUGGUCACCAUCGAGGUCAAGGGUAAAAGGAAACCACCGUCCCCGGGGGGAAAGACCAGGACCAAACCACGCCCGCCGGACCCCUCUACCAAACCCAAGGUGUCGUGGAUCCAUGGGAACAACGGGGGUACCACUCUCCAGGUGGAGAAGCCGAACCAGGGGGACAAGGGGCUAACAUUUCCCAAGGUGAAGACAACCAGGAGCUCCAGCAACAGCUCAGCCAAGAGCGAAGAGAGGCAGAGGCUGAAGGAGAAUUCCAAGGAGAAGAGCAAGCGAGAGGAAAAGGGGACGGUGGUCAAUGGCUCCCCUAGCAAACACAAGGCCCACUGGGUGGGGAGGUCCAGAGAGAACAUGAACCACAUGGAGCACAUCAAUGGGGUGGUGCAAAACGCUCUAAAGAAGAUCGGCAACUUCCACAACUCCGAUAAGAAGGCAGCCGCUGUGGAGAUUCCCAAGGAGGCGCCCAAGAGCCCCAAAGUGAUCCACCCACACAUGAACUCAGAGGCCGCCACACUCCUGGCUGCACAGCUCAAGGAGAAGACUCAGAGCAUCACCCGGAACGAGGGCACAGGCCUGGUAAAGACCAACGGCCUGUCCACCCCGAUCCUCCGGGGCCGAGGAGACCGGGAAAAGCCCACCCCUCCGCAAAAGGCCAAACGGACCACCGCUUCCACACCAGGCCACCAGGGCUCCAACAAGCCUCUGCUGCCUACCACCACCAGCCUCCAGAAGAUGGUGGGUGUUGAGGACCCAGCUACCCCCGAGGUCGCCCCCAAGAGCCCGGACAAGCAGGACUUGAACGGCUCUAGAGUGGUAGAGGGUUGUGGUGGUGCGGGGGACCCCACGCUAAAGAAGACCCCCAUCAAAAAGCCUCCCCGAAAGAAAGGCAAGGACGGGACUUUGGAUACUACUCUGGAAACUAAGACACCGACAAAGACAGCGAUUAUGCCACCGCAGAUCGUCAAAUAGAACGUUUUUUAAAAAUUGUUUCUCACAGACAGGACAAUGGUGACAAUGGUGAAUGAAUGACUUCUUCCAAAGGAGACAUGCAAAAGGACAUGGUGGCUGUUCAUCAAAGGAGUGUAUUAUUUUUGUGCGUGUGUGUGCUGUGUGUCCAGAAUCAGCGGAAAGUAAGUGGAACGUGUUUUUAAACUGUGGUUCUUCUCAUUGGUGUGGGAGUGGGUUUGUAAUCUAUUGAACUGUAUACCAUAAUAGUAUUACAUUGACUGAAGUUGAAAGUAAAUUCAUGGACUCUUUUCAUAAACCUGCGAUGUAUCCGUUUUCCACUACAACGCCAAACAUAACUGGGGGAGAGUGCUGACAGUGGCAAGCAAUCGUAUUUAAUUUCCUCCAUGUUUCUCCAAUGCUCACAACUAAGUAUUCAUGUAAGAAUCUCAUCAUUGUAUCAUUAUAAUUUAAAACCUUUUUUACUCAAUAUUCUGUGUGAUGCAAUCAAAUGUAUGCAAUGUAAGUGAGGUGAAGUAAGGCUAAGUUGAACCAUGGUACUGAGAAUACAAGUACAUUAUUUUUCAGUUUGUUUUAAAUUAGCCAGUUACACUCCAUAACGGAGUUGUUGGCCUCUUUUUGUUGUCCUUUUUUGUUGUUAAUAUGUUGCGUAAUACCGAAUACAAACCAUUUACAUUUUU